CCUUCUAGAAGAUCAUAUCUGCUAUAUUGCGAUGGCAUGUAGCCUUCGUAUUGAUGCUUGGCUCCUGAAAUCAAAAAUAAAUUUUAGGUUAUCUAAACACCGCUGAUAUCGGCCUUAAAAGAGUCUGGAUUGGUAGCUGGCUGUUCAUAUUCCAAGGUUUUUGAAGAUAAGUGGCAGUCUGAGAAAUUGGACCGAAAUGCCUUAACGUUGAGAGGUGUUCAAAAGUAAACAACACAACAGAACAACAGACUGUCGACUUUGUUCAUUUCCCAAACUAUGAGUGUCUACGGCAGAGUAUAUACAAUUAGUACGUUUGGAGAGAGCCAUGGAAAAGGGGGUUACCUUUGGAAUAUGAAAUGAACAGAUGACGAGAUGGAAGCAAUGUGUCUGGAAAGCAUCGAACUUAUUCAAUUGGGCCUUGUGAACUCUGAACUAUGGAAUCACUUGAAAUACAAAACAAAAGCAACGUAUCUCUUAGAUGAAAGUUGGAUGCAGAGGACUUUAAAGCUCGUGGAAGAAAUCAAGAAAUCUGACAAUCCGUUAGUCGGUGGAUUAUUGUCUGAAAUCCUACAAAGAGUUUGCAAUAUCAAAGCUGAUGAAUCAAAGUCACUUGCAAUUAGUCAUAUAGUCCGCUUAAAAGAUGAAAGUGGGGAUUUCAUUACACCUUACACUAUUCAUGUUGAAAUUAGAUUAAUGCUGCAGAAUUACGAACAGCCUCUGAUUCUGAAUCAAGACAAUAUUAAAGAACUUUUGGCAUACUUUACUUCCAAGUCACAAAUUGGUUUAAAUGCAUGUACCUUAAAAUGCAUAGGAGAACCGUAUACAUUAAAAAUUACCGGACGUGACAUGAUAUCAGUCCUUACGCCAGUCGUGGAGAUUCAUAAAAGAAAUGUUCAAAUGGAGUCUCUGAGAGUAUUAUAUGCGCCUGGGUCAAAAAGCGAGACAAACAGGGCAUUGUUAAUGGCAGCAUUGUCGAAGCGAAUAGUGACACUUGUAAAUAUUCUUGAGAGUGAAGAUACUGCGUUAAUGAUGCAAGCGCUUAAGAGAUGUGGUGUCAUAAUUCACCGGACUGGUAAGAGUCAGCUGACUAUUCAGGGAAAUUGUGGUGUGUUUGAGCAACCACAUGGGCCAAUAUAUUUAGGUAACUCUGGUACGAGUAUGCGAUUCCUAACAGCCGCCAUUGCACUAAAUGGAAGCAACAAGUAUAUUCUCGAAGGCAAUGAGAGAAUGUCCAAAAGACCAAUUGCAGAUCUUGUAGAUGCUUUGAACAAUUUUGGAUGCAAUAUAGAGUAUGUAUCAACAGAGGGAUAUCCUCCAUUGAGAAUUAUGAAACGGGGAGAUGAUAUCUCUGAUAGUAUCGAUGUGAAAUGUAGUAACAGUAGCCAGUUCAUCUCUGGUGUCCUUAUGGGUAUUAGUACACUAAAGAAAAUAAUAACUAUCAAUGCUGUCACUAACGUAGUGUCCAAGUCGUUUGUUAACCUAACUGUACACCUUAUGAGAGAUUUUGGAAUCAACAUAGAGGAAUGCAACUACUCUUGGAAGCUACGCCCAGUUGUACGAGCUAUUGAUGGUAAUGGUGACCAUAAACGGAACAAUCACCCAUCGACCGGAAUUACGCGAAGUGAGAUGUCCACCUUAGUCGAGGAUAAUGACGUAAAUCUCACUCUGAAAGGUAAAACGUUUGACAUUGAGACACGCGAUUUAUUUAGAUAUGAGAUCGCUGCAGAUGCAACUAGUUGUAGUUACUUGGUUGCCAUGGCAGCACUAACAAAUCAACCAAUCCACAUUCCAAAUUUAAUAUCUAGGAACAAACAGGGAGACGCUCAUCUUCUUACAAUUGUCUGCCCAAAAUUUGGACUAGAUGUUAAAAUAACAGAUUUUGGUUUUUAUUGUACACCUUCAAAACAUGGCGUCCUCAAGAAUGGCGGUGUCAUUGAUGUCGACAGUAGUGACAUGUUCAUAACAUUUGCCGUACUUGCUGCAUUUGCUGAGGGCGAGACAAAAAUCAUUAACAUAAAGAAUCAAGCUAUCAAAGAAUGUUCUAGAAUCAAGGUUACUGCGGAAAAUCUUCGUAAAGCUGGUGUUGAUGUUAUACACGAUGAUGACAGUAUAACAAUCGUCGGGAAAGAGACCCAAAACUACAAUCAAGUGACCAUUGAGUGCCACAAUGACCAUAGAAUAGCUAUGGGGUUUGCUGUAUUUGCCUAUAGGGUAAAGAAUGUCAAACUUUCUGACAGCUGGUGUGUAGAAAAGACAUUUCCAUAUUUCUGGCAGACUGUAAAAGAAUUAGGUAUUGAAACUUUUCCAACAAUUAUUUGAACAUACGGACAGCAUACCAAGGUAUUGUUUUACGUUAAAACGAUGGUAGCCGCAAGAAUCAAAUGAAAAACAGACUAUUCUAAAACUUUGAAAAUAUGUCGAAUAUCAAAAGAUGUUUUACGUGCAUCUUCGAUUUAGUUGAUGACUUCACUAAAGUCUAAAUGCAUAAUGUUGUUCAUAAGUGGACUAAUUCAACAGUUGUGAACACAAUUUAUAGGUUUGUAACACCUAGAACCCCCAGUCACAUUUGCUCUACGGCGGCUGUGCGGUGGCCGUAGCUUCACAAAAUCGAUAUAUAGAAAAUCUACAUAUCAUACUGAUUAUCCC